CUGGUCCACGUUCCAAAUCUACGCUCUAAUUAUAACUUGUUUUAAACCUAUUUAUCAAUAUAUCAAUACGACCGUUAUUGAUAUUUAAAUUUUGAUUGUUUCAUAUUACAAGCACAUCUUCAUACCUCUAACUUGAUUAAAGACCUUGCUUUACGAACUCACAAUUAUGACUUGAAAAUAACCCACGAAUUGGACAUUUUUUAAUUAACAGACUCUUGAACUUGAUAUGUCUUGAAAAUAUUACGAAAUAUUCUUGACAUUUCUACCAAUGACAAUGACUUAUCUUGACAUAUACACAAACGACUUGGCUUCGGCCUUACUGAAAAAACACAAAAGAAGACAAUAUUAUAAAAAGAAAAACGCUAAGAAAGAAGUACAUUGAAAACAAGAUAUCUAAAAUAAGACUUAGCUCCGGCUACAAAAAAGAAGAAAUACAAUUUAUUACUGCUUAAAUAUUAUAUACAGCAUGUAUUAUUCUGAAAUAUUAAACUUAAGAAUUGGCUGUAUGGGCACAGUACCCUUUGCCUUCCCAGAAUGGGAAAAGGAAAAAAAAAUCCUUACCCUGAUGUUCCAAUUUUGACAUUUAAUGUAUGUAACUUAUGUCAAAUUAGAGAUUUGUUGCGACUGGAGCCUAGGUUUAAAACUUGAGUUUGGAACGAAGCCCUGGCUGGCUAGGCCCAAUUCGGAGUUAUGAUCACGAUACUCUAUUCUAUCCUUUUUAUUCCAUAGAGAGAUGAUAAGGAUAACUAUUGUUCUUGACAAUAGUACUGUUAUUUUAGGAUAUGAGAAUCAGACCCAUUGUCAAGAAUGGUUUGUUUUAGUUGAAAAAUUAACCUGUUUCCAAUGAGUUUGCGACUAAAAACACUUGUUUUAGAUAAGGUCUCAUUAAAGUUUUAACUUAAUUUGUUCUUAAAAUUUAUAAAGCAUUCGACAUUUAUAUAAUUACAUGUUCCUAAAUUUUCUUACGCAACGAGAUCUAAAUAAUAAUGUUUUAUUGAAGUAUUUUAAUAUUUUUAGAUACGCCUACAUUAUGAGGAUAAAAGAGCAGCAGUUAAUAAUAUUACUAACUUUUAUGUGUCAUAUAAACAUAAUAAAAGCAACUUUCUAGUGCAAAUGUCCAGUAAAAUUUACCAUAAAAAAAAUGGAGUAAAGUAUAAAGAUACUGAAUGCAAGCCAGAUGUUUUAGAAGCAUACAUAGACAGAGAUAUUUUUAUUGAGAAUGUCCUAAACAAAACCUCACCAGAUCAAUCUGCUAAAACUUGUCCAAUGAACAUAGUUAUUGAUUUUAGUUCUCCAAAUAUAGCCAAGCCUUUUCAUGCAGGUCACCUACGAUCAACUAUUAUUGGCAAUUUCAUAGCCAACAUAAGCAAAUAUUUCAAAAACAGAGUUACAAAAAUUAACUAUUUGGGUGACUGGGGUACACAGUUUGGUAUCCUGCAAUAUGGAUUACAAAAUAAAAAUAUUGAUCUUGAUGAAUUAAAAAAUGAUCCUAUCAAGAUUUUAUACAAUAUUUAUGUUGAUACAAAUAAACAAGCCUUAACUGAUGCAAGUGUGCUUGAGAAAGCUAGGAAAUACUUUUCUGAUAUAGAACAGGGUAAUUCAGAUUUGGGGAACUGGAGAAAAAUAAAAGAAGUAACAAUAAAAGAACUACAAAAGGUUUAUGAAAGGUUAGGAAUAAAUUUUGAUGAUUAUCAUUGGGAGUCUGAUUAUAACAGCAGAGCCAUAAAUACAUUGUUGGAUUCAUUAGAAGGACAAAAUAUUAUUGAAUCAGAUGGGAUGGGAAAAAAAAUUGUUAGAGUAAGGGACAAAACUGUUACAAUACUGAAAAGUGAUAAUUCUACACUGUAUCUGUCUCGAGAUUUAGCAGCAUUAUUAGAUAGAUAUGAGAAGUACAAAUUCGAUAAAAUGUUGUAUGUUGUUGAUAAUGCACAAACAGAUCAUUUUGCAGUUCUCUUUGAUAUUAUGAAGAGAAUCAAUCAAAACUGUGCUGAUGGAUGUCAGCAUAUUAAAUUUGGACGAAUCAAAGGAAUGAGUACUCGAACUGGGAAUGUUGUGUUUUUGAAUGACAUAUUAGAUGAGGCCAAAAAGAAGAUGCAUGAUAAACAAGAGAAGUCUAAAAAUACAAGGAGCUCGGCAAUGAAUGAUCAGACAUGCGACACAUUAGGUACCACUGCAGUGAUCAUUAAUGACUUGAAGCAAAGGAGACAAAAAGAUUAUGUAUUUGAAUGGGAUAAAGUCCUUCAAAGUGAAGGUGAUAGUGGAAUCAAGUUACAAUAUCUACAUUGUAGGCUUUGGAGCUUAGAAAAAAAUUGUGGGUUAACUGUACCUGAUGUUUGUGAACCAAAACUUCUUACGGAAGAAGUUGUUGGUGAAGUUGUAGCAGAGUUGGCCAAAUUUGAAAAUAUUUUAUACAGGGCCCAUAUUGAAUAUGAAGCUUGUAUUUUAGUAAACUAUCUCUUCAGACUUGCAAAACCCAUAAAUAGAAUGUUUAAUGAGUUAAGGAUAAAAAAUGUAGAUAGUGAUUUGGGUGCACAAAGGUUGCUAGUUUUCCAUUCUGCUCGAUUGGUUGUUAAAACAGGCCUAGAAAUAUUAGGUGUUAAACCCUUAUAUGAAAUGUGAUUUUUAUUUAAAAUAAAUGCCUAAGCAUCUUAUCUUUUGUUUAUCCUUAAUUUUUUUACUUAUUAUUAGCUUAGGCCUUAGGUAGAAAUCAUACAAUUUUUCCAAAUCAUAAUGUAAAACAGAGAUUAACCUUUUUUUCGUCUCGCUGCGAGACCAAUCAUUUAUCUAUGGAAUAAAGUAAAUAAAUAGAAAUUGAAAAGACUUAUUCACAUGAGAGUUUUUGCUUUCGAUGUAGCGCCAAAAUUUGAAGUAAACCCGUAUAAAAAAGGUAUUUCGACGAAAAUGACACAUAGGAGGUCUUGAAGUCGCAACGACGAAAUAAGGUCAUACUAUAUAAUAAAUCUAUUAUUCAUACUCAUUAACCUGUAUUGAAAAAAAAAAUCGAAAAUAAUAUAGGAUUUAACUACCACUUUGUUUUAUAGUAGGCCCAAGUGGGUAUUUUUAGAUUUACUCGACCGCUGCAGAAUAACAAAAAGGGAGCAACGUUGCACCUCGUGAAGUAAUCGCAAGUAUGGUACUUGAGCCCUCUACACUGAUGCCAGAUUGGGGGAAUUCCCCCAUUUAAAGCGAUGGGGGGGAAGAAAUUUGGAUUUGGGGAAAUUGGGGGUUGUUUUAAUUAAAAAGCAAAAGCACUUCAUAAACUUUUAAUCUGUAAAAAGUUGCGAUCAACCGUCUAUUAAUAGUCCCUCUUUCUCAUUCGAUAUAGAGCAUGUCAAGGAUCUAGACUGUGGUCAAAUUUAAUUUUGUUAUAUUAGGCUUAGAGAAUCAUGCCAGAAUCGGGCCCACUGAACUGUGUUCAUUCAGUGAGCCCGAUUAGGACUCCUAAAACAAAGCUAAGUGGUCUUUGUUUUAGCCAAAAAAGGACUCUUCAGUCCAUUCCGUCUAGGUCAGUCAAGUCCAUGUCAAAUCAAGCAAAUCAGUCAGUCGUUAAUUAAUGGUCGUUAAACGCGCUACUGACAUGCCUGCCGCAGGGACAAUCUAGGGUGUAAGAGUGGAGAUGACCCUUAAUUGCCUCCUGAAUUGUGAUGUGUGUAGGCAAAUUGCAAUUUUCUAAGUUGGGCCUGCGGCAGGAGUGCGCGACCACCCUUGCUCACUAGAUUGUCCCAACCGCCCUGCACGUUGCCGCGUGUGUAGCACGAUUGGGCCAAUUUCUCAAUCAGUCGGUUAGUAGCUAUCACAAAGUCACACUAGCUUGUUACAUAUAUAGAGAUCUGUGUGUCACACGCAGCGCACGUAUUUCGAUCAAGAUGGCGGCAGAUCAUAAGGAGCAUGAACUUUGGACACGAGUGAUCGAAGUAUAUAAAGACACCCCACAUGUGGGAUGAAAAAAACAAACAUUAUUUGUUUCUUAGGUUUUCACGCACAUCACUCAUUAAAUAAAACUAGUUUUUACGGGUUAAUGCACGAAACUUUAUUUAUUUAUUGACGUUUCGCAGCCUUUUCAGGUCUGCAUCGUCAGAAUAAUGAUUUUUUAUUUAAAAUUGUCGAGCUACCUUCGAAAGACUUAUAUUGAGCGUUCGGUUAUUUCAUUGGAAGAUUUUUAAAAUUUUAUUGUCUAUGUAUGAAUUUAUUAUUUAAUUUACUUAAUAAAGUAUUUUAUUUAAAAUUCUUGUUUGUAAUUUUGAGUUUAUUUAUUUAUUUGACCCUAACUACCGUAAACUACCACCGGUUCCAAAAUUGGGAGACCUUCCUGAGAAGAACCGGCGAAACAAACUCAAGAGAGGCUUUCUAUCUCCUUCUUAUAUUAAAUUAUGCAAACAAAAAGAACUAAUAGUAUCUGAUGGUCUUGCAGUGUGUGCUCGGGGUUGGGAUUUUAUCUCCUGUAUAAUAGGUUCCCAAGCUGGUGGUAUAUACCAACCAUCUUCCCUAUUGAAAUUUGGAUAUUUUUUAAUCUCAAUAGCCUCGCGCAUCAUUCGAGGAACGAACCGCCGCUCAGCUGCAAGGAUCUGUGGUCUAUCAAAUCUAAUGUAGUGGUUUGGUCCCCCUAAUGCUGGGUUACCGAAAAUACACAAACCGAAUGCUCCACUACGUCCGAUUGUAAGCCAGAUUGAUUCACCAACAUACCGUUUGGCUAAACACGUAGCAAAGUUACUUUCACCACUGAGAGGUAACACAACAGCCUUUGUGAAAGAUUCAUACCAUUUUGUCAAUGAGAUUGGAGAUCAACAUCUCACGGACAAUGAAAUCAUGGUCAGUUUUGAUGUUCAGUCCUUAUUUACAUGCCUACCAGUACAGGACUGCAUUGAAAUCACUAAGAAGAAGCUACUUGAAAAUAAUAUGCCUAUAGAAUAUGCAGUAUUACUGGAGCAUUGCCUUACUUCUGGCUACCUGUUAUGGGGGGAUGACUUCUAUGUACAAAUGGAGGGUGUUGCAAUGGGUUCCCCUGUCUCACCUGUUGUCGCCGAUAUUUUCAUGGAAGACUUCGAGGAGAGGGCUCUCAGUGCAGCACCUGUCACACCCAGGCUAUAUAAGCGGUACGUAGAUGAUACUUUCACAAUCCUCCCAACAGAACAAAUUUCUGCCUUUUUAAAUCACCUUAACUCUAUACACCCCAACAUCCUAUUCACUAUGGAGUUAGAGGCAGAUAGUAAACUAGCUUUUCUAGAUAUUUUAUUAAUCAGGAAUCCUGACCAAAGUUUAAGCCAUACUGUGUAUCGUAAAG